ACCUUCCAAAAAACACGAAACCUUUUCUUUCCCGCUGAAUUCUACGUUUUUCCCGGCCUUUUUCACAACGCAACCCCUCAGAUGGAGCCGGUAGAAUUGGAAUUUAUUGGUGAAAACUCGAUGGUUGGUGUGAUUCCGAACUUUAAUCAUGAUUCGAUCUAUCUCAUAUCGGGUACUAUCGAACCGUUCCGCGGCGGCACCCCGUUGUACGUGCCACUCUGGUUGGCAAUCCAUCUGCGGCAACAGCAGAAGUGCCGAAUUAUCGCCCCGAACUGGAUGGACAUCGAUCUGCUGGAGGACAUCAAGGAGGCGGAAAAGCGCGAGGCCACCUUCACCAAGAUGCCAAGCUCAAACUAUAUGGUGGAGGCCAAGCUGAUUCUUACUACGGCCCCCGAGGAUGUUCCUUCGUCGGAGGUGAUCAAAACGCUGAUCAAAGAUAUCUACGAUGUUCGCUGUGCAAAACUGCGCUCUUUGGUGGAAACGUUUCUGACCAGCGAAGGGGCUCAUACGGUGCCGCUGGAGAAUGUGACCGUGUUUGAGCUGCACACCAUUCAACCGCUGUUGCCGCACGCGAUGGAUUAUCUGUCGCGCAUUGAACAAACCAAGAAGGCCCUGCGAUCGAACAUCACAGCACAUUCGUUCAGCUUGGGUAGCUCUAGUGGCCUCACCAGUGCCAAUCAGCAGAUCAGCUCGAGUGGGCUCGGUGGUGCGAGCGGUUUAGGAGGUUCCGGCUCAGGUGUCAACUCUAGUUCCGUAGGUUUAAGCAGCUCGCUCGCCUCAAGACCUUGGUGAGCAGCAGGAAGGAUCGUAAGUAAAAGCUGCUCCAAAUCAUACCAACUAGAUAUGUAAUAUUCAUUUUCGAUAUUUAUUAUAUUACUAUCAGUCUCCAAACCAUCUCCAACUCGUCCCAAGGGACACUAAAACAAACUUAAAAAAAAACUACUUACUUUGUCAACACCGUUUCUAAAACUAGCGAAGGUUUCAAUUUAGUUCAGUCAAGAAUCAAGCUGGCUACAUUUAGCUUAAUUAGAGCAUUAGUUCAAAAAACACAAGUUCUAUUUCUGUCUUACCACAUAUUUGUUUAAGCAAAUUGUAUUGUGCAGAUCGAGAUAGUAGGAUAUUACAGUUGAUAAUUGGUUUAACAUA